CCACUCCCGGCGUGCAGUGCGAUUGUAACGGCCGUUGAGUUGCAGUUGGAGCAGGUGACCGGAUGCCCCGCCUCGCGGUGCUAUCAUGGCGGAUCCCGCGCAUCUCCCGGUUACCCCGAGCCGGCACGAGAAGAGCCUGGGCCUCCUCACCAGCAAGUUCGUGUCUCUGCUGCAGGAAGCCGAGGAUGGGGUGCUGGAUCUUAAGGCGGCGGCCGACACGCUCGCUGUACGGCAGAAGCGGCGCAUUUAUGACAUCACGAACGUUCUGGAGGGGAUCGGACUCAUCGAGAAAAAAUCCAAGAAUAGCAUUCAGUGGAAGGGGGUAGGUCCUGGGUGCAAUACAAGGGAGAUUGCAGAUAAACUGAUUGAUCUGAAGGCAGAACUAGCCGAUUUGGAGCAGCGAGAACAGGAAUUGGAUCAGCAGCGAGUGUGGGUCCAGCAGAGCAUCAAGAACGUGACAGACGACGUGCAAAACAAUGGGCUUGCCUACCUCACCCAUGAAGACAUCUGCCGCUGCUUCACAGGAGAUACUUUGCUUGCAAUCCGAGCACCAUCUGGCACGUGUUUAGAGGUCCCAAUUCCUGAGGGUGUCAACGGACAGAAGUUUCAGAUCCACCUGAAAAGUUGUAGUGGUCCUAUAGAAGUACUUUUGGUAAACAAAGAUACUUCAAACUCCCCUCCUGUUGUUGUGCCGGUUCCACCCCCAGAAGACCUCAUUCAACCUGCCUCGACGGUGGCCAGUCCGCCGCAGAGACCUGCACUGAUGCAGCAGCACGAUGCUCCAAGAGUAAGCAGCUCCCAGCCGGCUCCCGCGGACCCCUCUGCGGCCAGCAGUGCGCAUGCCGUAUCAGAGACGAGGGGUGGUCCUCAUGAAACCAACACAGAAAAUGCAUCGUCUAGUUGUGUUGUUGGUGAAACCUGCCCGCUCCAGUCUUCAGCAUCGCUUGAUAACAGCACCGACCUGCCAAACCCUUCUACCUCGUUCCAGCCGAUUUGCUCAGACCCCUCCGAUGUGCUCAAAUUGCCCACAGAACUCUCAGAGUUAUUUGAUCCAUCAAAAGAAUGUAUAACCUCUGACCUGCUGGAGGAGCUCAUGUCAUCUGAAGUGUUUGCUCCUCUACUCAGACUUUCUCCCCCACCCGGUGACCACGACUAUGUUUACAACUUGGAUGACAGUGAAGGAGUGUGUGACCUGUUUGAUGUCCCUAUCAACCUAUGAUCUUUGAACAUGGCCUUGCCUGAUGACCUGAAUAUGGAUUUGCUUGUGGGGGGGGGGGUCUCAAGAAAGAAACACCUUCUUGGAUCCCUGUUUCUUUAAGGCUUGUACGGCUGAGGAAACUGUUCUGGGUCCUGCCCGGAGCUGGCGCCAUCAGUCUGAUGUUUAAUGCACUCUUCUCCAGUAUGAAGCCCAUCGCCCUUUGCGUUUCAGACCAUGUCUGCGGCCACGACGCCUGCGCUGGAUGCGCCGUGUACAGGCCAUGCCCCGUGUUUUUCAGGCCGUGAGGGUAACCUCUGAGCUGAGUCCCGCCGGUCACAAUUCUAGAGAGGUGAUAUAGGAAGAAUAUAUUGAUGUGAAAUUAUUUUUAUACGUCUGUUCUUGCUGCGCUGCAUGUUCCCUUUGUUAUAGUUUUUUGGACAAAAUAAAUUUCUCUUCUCAGUAGCACUUCA